GCGGCGGUGGUGGAGAGCCAGAGACUGCAGCACAUCCUCAGCUGCUCCUGACUGACAGACAGCCUCCCGGUUCACAUCACAACACACGGCGUCCUGUAGGGGAAUGGGGGGCACCUAGCCCGCCAGUUCACAAACUAACCCGAUUUCCUAGAAGCGGAGAAGGCUCACGGCAAGAUGGUAUCGUGGAUAAUUUCAAGGAUAGUUGUCCUUGCCUUUGGGACGCUCUACCCAGCGUACUCCUCGUACAAGGCAGUCAAAACGAAGAAUGUGAAGGAAUAUGUGAAGUGGAUGAUGUACUGGAUAGUAUUUGCGUUGUUCACUACAGCAGAGACGGCCACAGACCUGCUCCUAUCAUGGUUUCCAUUUUACUUCGAGCUAAAGAUUGCCUUUGUGAUCUGGCUCCUGUCCCCAUACACCAAGGGCUCCAGCGUCCUCUACCGCAAAUUUGUCCACCCAACCCUGUCCAACAAAGAGAAGGAGAUAGAUGAGUACAUAGCACAGGCCAAAGACAGGAGUUACGACACCAUGAUGCGGUUUGGGAAGAGGGGUCUCAAUCUGGCUGCUAAUGCUGCUGUCACUGCAGCAACUAAGGGGCAGGGCGUGCUGUCAGACAAGCUGCGGAGUUUCAGCAUGCAGGACCUGACUCUUAUCAAUGCCGAGGACGACCUAGUUAUGCGCACUUCAGAUGCUCGCAUGCGACGGGACCCAAUGGAUGACAUGGGCUCAGGGGCCAGCACGCUUCCCCGGACCAAGAGCACUGCAGCACGGCAGACACGCUCUUUGGCAGCCACAUCCCUUGCCGACGAAACCUCAUCCCAACACAGUUCUGACCUAUCAGACACAAGGACUGAACACUCUGACGAAGAUGUGGGAGAGAAAGUCCCCAAGCGCGGUACCAGCGUCAAGGCAACCAAGAAAUCUGUUGCUGCUAAGACAGAGACUCAAACCAAGACGGUGAAGAAGCCAGUAAAGAAAAAGACCACAACGACUAAUGCAGAGACGCCACCAUGAGGCCUGCGGUCCACAUCCACCGGCCUACACUCUCUCCACCCACAGCCUGCAGGCCUUCUUCCUCUGUUUGGUCUCCACACAAACACACAGACACUAUCACUAUAUCAAGCAACCAAAUUGCGUCACUGUUGCUGGUUUCGAGAGCAAAGUGCAUAUUUAGUUUAUAGCAGUAUAUGGUAACGGCUCUCUUCCAUUUACUGGGUUGUGGCUGGGUUUUUAAGUCUCAGAAUAACUACUGAUCCAUUCACAAAAGUUCUUCUGUUUUGUUUUUUUUAACCCCAAAAUGUAUAUGAAGGUCCCCAUAGCAGGUGAGAAUGUGAGCUGAUAUGUGCAGUUUCCCAGACUCAUUGAUAUUACUGAUUCACACUGUGUCGCCUGCUGAGUGAUUUUCUUCAAGCAAAACACUGGCUAAGCUGCUUUUUCUUUUUUUAAAGUAUUUCUAGUAAAAUCUUUCAUUCAUUGCUCUUAAUGAUUCUCCUUAAUCUUCUGGGCUCCUCCUUCAUGUUUCCAGCUGAAAAACAAGACCGUUGGUUUAAGGUGAAUUGUACCAGAGGUUGUUUUUUUUCAAUAAGAAGUAAGUGCGGGUCUGGAAAUCUACUUUAAGGCCUACACUGACAAUGGAGGUCAAAAUCCUUAUUCCUGUAUGAGACCCUUCCUCUCUUUACCUCAGCUCAGCUCAUCUCACCUGCCAGUCAGCCAUCAGCAUGUCCUAGCCCAUGUCACUGUCGAGUUUUACAGUAUUAUUUCUGUUCAAACCCCUUUUAGGUCUUACAUUUUACUUUCCUUUUUAACCUUCUAUUACUGCGUUUUAGGCUUUGCAGCUUGUGGAAGAGUUUCAUGUCUCAGCUCUGAGUGAGUCUGGCUCUGUUAAGUUCAGAUCUCACUCACGACAACUUUCUGCUUUAAUGUGACUAUCAAGUCACGUACAGUGCUGGUGAUGGAGUGGCAUGUUUAUUGUUGGUGUAGCUACCCUUCAUCUAGACAUCACUCUCUUAGGUUUGUAUUUAUCCAUAAUCAUUAAUGUAUUGACCUUUUGUUAUUUUGUUUAUGUAAUAUUACUCAUUUAUGAGUUGUGCAUAUCCAGGACUUAAGGUAAUGCUGUAAUUGAGCGAUGAUAGCACUCUUCUAAUAGAUACGGUAGUCAUAGAUGACUUGCCAGUUUUUAUGAGCAUAUCUGCUUUCACCACAGUAGUGAUGUCUGUAUAUUGUUUGUGUUCAACAUUAGGUCAUGAAGUAGCUCUUCACUCUGUCACUCCUCUUGUCCAACUGUGUGGAGACACUUUGCCUCUUUAGAAUAUUUAUGAAUCACAGAAGAAGUUGUUUCAGUUCUGGAGGGAGUGUCGGUCGAGGCUGUGGGUGUUUCUGAACACACUGGACUUUAGUUCUGGGAUGGGCUCUUCUGGUUUCUUCUGACUGCUCUGUGGUGGGAGAUUUAAAGCAUGAGCUGCUGUCUGCAGUGUGACACUAGUGUGAACCAGUAGGGCGAGACAAACCCCACCUCAACUGUUGGAAACUUCA